GUGUGUCUGCCGCUGUUCAGGAUGGCGACUCCUCUCACAGACCAGGAGAAGCGCAAGCAGAUCAGCAUCAGGGGGAUCGUCGGUGUGGAGAAUGUGGCCGAGCUGAAGAAAGGUUUCAACCGGCACCUGCACUUCACGCUCGUCAAGGACCGGAACGUCGCGACGCCGCGGGAUUAUUAUUUCGCGCUGUCGCACACGGUGCGCGAUCACCUGGUGGGUCGCUGGAUCCGCACACAGCAGUUCUGCUAUGAAGCUGACCCGAAGCGUGUUUAUUACCUCUCACUGGAGUUCUACAUGGGUCGCACGCUCCAGAACACCAUGAUCAAUCUGGGUCUGCAGAACGCCUGUGAUGAGGCCAUCUAUCAGCUGGGCUUGGACAUGGAGGAUCUGGAGGAGAUGGAAGAAGAUGCUGGAUUAGGCAAUGGAGGCCUGGGCAGAUUAGCAGCAUGUUUUCUAGACUCAAUGGCGACUCUGGGUCUGGCAGCCUAUGGAUAUGGGAUACGAUAUGAAUAUGGAAUAUUCAACCAGAAGAUUAAAGAUGGCUGGCAGGUUGAAGAGGCGGAUGACUGGUUAAGGUAUGGUAACCCGUGGGAAAAGGCCCGUCCUGAGUUCAUGCUGCCUGUGCAUUUCUAUGGUCGUGUGGAAGAAGAGGAGGGAAAGGAGCCGAAAUGGGUAGACACACAGGUGGUUUUGGCCAUGCCAUAUGACACGCCAAUUCCAGGUUACAUGAACAAUACAGUGAACACCAUGCGCCUGUGGUCUGCCCGCGCACCAAAUGACUUCAACCUCAGAGACUUUAACGUGGGUGAUUACAUUCAGGCAGUUUUGGACCGUAACUUAGCAGAAAACAUUUCCCGUGUGCUUUAUCCAAAUGACAAUUUUUUUGAGGGAAAGGAGCUGCGUUUAAAGCAGGAAUAUUUUGUGGUGGCAGCAACUUUACAAGAUGUGAUUCGACGCUUUAAGACCUCGAAGAGAAACACUUCUGGACCGUUGUCAUUCGACAGCUUCCCUGAUAAGGUUGCCAUCCAGCUGAAUGAUACUCAUCCCGCUAUGGCCAUUCCUGAGUUGAUGCGGAUAUUUGUGGACAUUGAGAAGCUUGACUGGGACACAGCCUGGGAUAUCACCAAGCGAACGUUUGCUUACACAAACCACACGGUUCUGCCAGAGGCUCUGGAACGCUGGCCAGUUGAUCUGAUGGAGAAACUCUUACCGCGACACCUGCAGAUCAUAUACAAGAUCAACCUAAUACACCUGAAUCAUAUAGCGUCUCUGUUUCCAGAGGAUAUGGACCGAAUCCGCAGGAUGUCUCUGAUCGAGGAAGGAGGAGGGAAGCGAGUGAACAUGGCCCAUCUCUGCAUUGUGGGCUCACACAAAGUCAAUGGAGUAGCAAUCCCAGCCACAGACCUGUCGGAGCAGAUCUCCACUGCGGGUACAGAGGCGUCUGGAACCGGAAACAUGAAAUUCAUGCUGAAUGGAGCGCUCACUAUUGGCACAAUGGAUGGUGCCAAUGUGGAAAUGGCAGAAGAAGCCGGAGAGGAAAACCUCUUCAUCUUUGGCAUGAGGGUGAAUGAUGUGGCAGAGCUGGAUAAAAAAGGCUAUAAUGCACUGCAAUAUUAUGAGAAUCUUUCGGAGCUGAAACGAGCCAUUAAUCAGAUUAAAAGUGGCUAUUUUUCACCGAAACAGCCUGAGAUGUUCAGCGACAUCAUCAACAUGCUGUUUCAUCACGAUCGGUUUAAAGUUUUUGCUGAUUAUGAGUCUUAUGUGAAGUGUCAAGACCGAGUCAGCGCUCUGUAUAAGGAUCAGAGAGAGUGGACUCGGGUGGUGAUUAAGAACAUCGCCGCAUCUGGAAAGUUCUCCAGCGACCGCACUAUUACAGAGUACGCCACUGAGAUCUGGGGUGUGGAGCCCACUGACCUGAAGAUUCCUCCACCAGGCGAACCUCGUGAAGCUCUAGAGGAAACUGCACGCUCCCUGCGCAAGACCUGAAGACAAGAUCAUCAGAUCACCUCCAACAGUAGUUAUAACGCUAAAUAAAUAAAUCUCACUAUCAAUUUGUUUCAAUUUUUCAUGCAGUACUCUUUAAAUGAAUGAAUUGUACUGCAAAACGCCUGAAUAAAUGUGUUGUCUUCAAAUGUUUAAAA